AUGUACCAGUCCAUGGAUGGAAGUGGCAAUGCUAUUGCUUACAAGUUUUUGGGCAAAAACAUCGGCCCGAAAUGCCUGGCCACCCUGCUUGGUGUAGGGACUGCACGCCUGCGAAAAACCACAGCUUCAACGCCGGACUUGCGCCACGGCAAGGUCAAAACUGGAUCCAGACAGGAGACAUACUCGGUAGAUUCAUUUCUGACAACCAUGUAUGAUCAGGUAGCCGAGACUCUCCCGGACAGGGCAGAUGACCCUGACAUGGAUAUUGAUGUUGCCAGCGAUGUUUCUGACACUGAACUGGCUUCAUGGUUGACCAAGCCAGGAUCUAGCUCAGCCAUGCAAUUUUUGCACGGGGCUGACAAAGGCAAAAUCACAAAGUAUCUACCACCUGGAAACACCACAGAGCUUUACCACCACUAUGCUGCAACACGCCAACUCAUUGGAAGCAAGUUGGCCCGCUGCCCACACAUGCUGAGGUACAGCACCUUUCGCCAUGUGUAUCAGCAGCGCUGGUCUGAUGUGCUGAAGUUCCGCUCGCGGUCCAUGCAUCUUGGCCAGGGCCUGCUUUUGGGCAACAGGUUUUCAUGA